AUGCCUUACCUCUCCCGGGCCCCCGGGCCCCAGCCGCACCCGGUCCCCAAGGAUGCCCGGCCCACCCACUCUUCAGGCCAGAGCUUCGAGCAACUGAGGCAGGAGUGCCUGCAGGGAGGCAUCCUGUUUGAGGACGCAGACUUCCCGGCUGACAACUCCUCGCUGUUCUACAGUGAGAGGCCCCAGGUCCCCUUCAUGUGGAAACGGCCGGGGGAAAUCGUGAAAAACCCAGAAUUCAUUCUUGGAGGGGCCACCAGGACUGACAUCUGCCAGGGGGAACUUGGGGACUGCUGGCUGCUCGCGGCCAUCGCCUCCCUCACGCUGAACCAAAAGGCGCUGGCCAGGGUCAUGCCCCCGGACCAGAGCUUCGGCCCCGGCUAUGCCGGCAUAUUCCAUUUCCAGUUCUGGCAGCACAGCGAGUGGCUGGACGUGGUGAUCGAUGACCGCCUGCCCACCUUCAGGGACCGCUUGGUUUUCCUGCACUCCGCCGAGCACAAUGAGUUCUGGAGCGCCCUGCUGGAGAAAGCCUACGCCAAGCUGAACGGGAGCUACGAGGCUCUGAAGGGCGGCAGCGCCAUCGAGGCCAUGGAGGACUUCACCGGGGGCGUGGCCGAGACCUUCCUGACUAAGCAGGCGCCGGCGAACUUCUACGAGGUUCUAGAGAAGGCCUUGCAGCGCGGCUCGCUGCUGGGCUGCUCCCUGGACGCCCAAAACGCUGCCGAGUCGGAAGCCCGGACGCCUGCUGGACUCAUCAAGGGUCACGCCUACACCGUGACAGCAAUCGACCAGGUAAACUUCCGAGGCCAGAAAAUCGAGCUCAUCAGAGUCCGGAACCCUUGGGGCCAGGUCGAGUGGAACGGGUCAUGGAGUGACAGCUCUGCCGAGUGGCUUUCCGUCGGCCCAGCUGAGCAGAAGCGCCUGUGUCACACCGCCCUCGACGACGGGGAAUUCUGGAUGGCGUUUAAGGAUUUCAAGGCCCAUUUUGACAAAGUGGAGAUCUGCAACCUCACUCCCGAUGCCCUGGAGGAGGACGCUGUCCACAAGUGGGAGGUGACAGUCCACCAGGGGAGCUGGGUCCGGGGCUCCACGGCCGGGGGCUGCCGCAACUUCCUGGAUACCUUUUGGACCAACCCACAAAUAAAACUGUCCCUGACUGAAAGUGACGAGGGGCAGGAGGGGUGCACCUUCCUCGUAGCCCUGAUGCAGAAGGACCGGAGGAAGCUCAAGAGAUUCGGUGCCGACGUGUUGACCAUCGGCUAUGCCAUUUACCAGUGCCCCAGCAAAGACCAACCCCUGGACAAGGACUUCUUCAGAUACCACGCUUCCCAGGCCCGCAGCAAAACCUUCGUCAACCUGAGAGAGGUCUCCGACCGCUUCAAGCUGCCCCCUGGGGAGUAUGUCGUCAUCCCCAGCACUUUCGAGCCCCAUCAGGAAGCUGAUUUCUGUCUGCGAAUCUUUUCGGAGAAGAAAGCUGUUACCCGGGAUUUGGAUGGACACGUAGACAUCGACCUUCCCGAGCCUCCAAAGCCAACUCCACCUGGCCAAGAGACAGAGGAGGAGCAGCAGUUUCGGGCCUUGUUUGAACGCGUCGCUGGCGAGGACAUGGAGGUGACAGCAGAAGAACUUGAAUAUAUUCUAAAUGCCGUGCUGCAAAAGAAAAAGAACAUCAGAUUCAAGAAGCUAAGCCUGAUCUCGUGUAAAAACAUCAUUUCCCUCAUGGACACCAGCGGCAACGGGAAGCUGGAGUUCGGGGAAUUCACAGUGUUCUGGGACAGGCUGAAGCAGUGGAUCAACCUUUUCCUCCAGUUCGACGUGGACAGGUCCGGCACCAUGUCCUCCUACGAGCUGCGGACUGCGCUGAGAGCCGCAGGCUUCCGGCUGAGCAGCCGCCUCCUGCAGCUGGUCGUGCUCAGGUAUGCGGACGAGGACCUCCAGCUGGGGUUUGACGACUUCCUCAACUGCCUGGUCCGGUUGGAGAACGCUAGCCGCGUGUUCCAGGCUCUCAGCACGAAGAACGAGGAGGUCAUGCGUCUCGGCAUAAACGAGUUCAUCAACCUGACCAUGAACAUCUGA